AUUGUAAAAUAUUUGAGCGGCAUCUCUAUUACAAGUUUUAAGGCCCCUAAUCUCGUCCUGGCAGAACCUCUCGCGAUACUUGCGGCGCUGAGCUCCGGCAGCAGAGCAGGACUCGACAUGUCAACAAAGAGAUAAAUCAGCGUCACGCAGGCAUGUAAAGGUGUUCUGGUGGAACAUCCUGACAGGUAGCUCACCUGGACCGACUCCUCCUCCUCCUCCUCCUCCAUCUUCAUCAGCUGUCUCCAUGACGACCCCUCCUCUGGUGUCGCCUUUCGGUGGCCAGCCACCGCCACCGCCACAGGCAGCUCGUGACGUCAACACGGCGUCGUUGUGUCGCAUCGGCCAGGAGACGGUCCAAGACAUCGUCCUCAGAACUAUGGAGAUCUUCCAGCUGCUCAGGAACAUGCAGCUGCCAAAUGGAGUGACGUAUCACCCCAACACCCACCAGGACCGGCUGGGGAAGCUGCAGGAGCAUCUCCGAAUGCUCUCCGUUCUGUUCAGGAAGCUGCGCCUCGUCUACGACAAAUGCAAUGAAAACUGUGCCGGUCUCGACCCGAUUCCACCUGAGCAACUGAUCCCGUUUGUGGAGGACGACGGAUCCAAACUGGAGGACCGGUCCGGAGGUCAGAACCGACCCGGCAGCGAGGAGAGGAGGGAGAUCCUGGAGGUCAACAAGAAGCUGAAGCAGAAGAACCAGCAGCUGAAGCAGCUCAUGGACCAACUCCGAAACCUCAUCUGGGAGAUUAACUCCAUGCUGGCAGUCCGGAGCUGAGCAGCAAACACACAACAUAUACGGAAAUACAGAAACACACAAACAUAUACAGAAAUACACAAACGCACAAACAUAUACAGAAAUACAGAAACACACAAACAUAUACAGAAAUACACGUAUGCACAAACAUAUACAGAAAUACACAAACACACAAAUAUAUACAGGAAUACACACACACACACACGGCUGGCUGCAGACCCCUGCUGGUUUCCAUACUGGGGCUGAAUGAGACCAGCUGAGGCUGCAGCUGCACUUUACUGGAGAAUGAGUCUUUAACUGGGAUUAACCUCCAGAAGAAGAAGGAAGCUGAGACGAUAGAGACUCAGAGAGACGAAGUGUGAAGACGUGGAGACAGGAAGUGUUCCGUCUGCCUGCAUGUUCUCCAUUUCAGUCGGCAUUAAGAGUGGAUUUAUUGUUUCAUCUAUUUGUAGGUACUAGAAGCACAGAUAUUCUAUUUAAUCCUAACGUUGUGCUCAUAGCAUCAUGAAGGAUUUUCUAUCAUGAGUCUUUGCUGUCUUUUUGAACUUGUCCGUGUUGAUCAGAGUCGACGCAUCAUUUAAACGCCUUGUUAAGAUUCUGCUGAAAAAUAAACCGUGCUGUGGUUUCUAACGGA